UCUCUUUGUGUUAUCACCCAUGGUUAUCACCCCAGCUCUUCCAAAGUACAAUCAGUACAAUAGUCCAAAAAUCUCUGAUCAGCUUAAAGACAUACUCGCGGUUCAAAAACAAUCUACUUUAAAGAGAAACAGCGUGGAAAAGUAGCAACAGAAAGACUAAAUAACCAAGGAAAGUUUUGACCAACAGAAACAUGGAAACGACAUCAUCACUAUUUAAGUCCGUCUCUCGUAUGGUGUACUCGCCCCCACAGCGGCCAUUCAAGGUGACCACCCAUGACCGGGGAAUUAGGAAGGGCAUCACCGCGACAACGUUGCAGGAGCUGAGGGAGAAGGUGGCAGAGGUGCUGGCGCUGUCCUCUCUCUUCUUGCUAGUGUGUGAGGAGGAUGGAACCGAGGUGGACUCGGAGGAGUUCCUGACCGUCCUGCCGGACAACACCGUGUUCAUGGGCCUAGAGCCUGGGCAGACUUGGACAGCCCACAUUACUCUUCCAAGGAGCAACGGCAUCAAACCAUCCGAGAGCAAACCCAGGAAGGGCCAGGACAUCGCUCGCGUAGUCCUGGACUUCUACCGCCUCAGCCCACAGGAUGUGUUCGGCUCGCUCAGCGUCAUGGCCACGUUCCAAGGCCUGUACUCGGUCGGAGCGGACUUCCAGUUCCUAGGUCCCAAAAAACUUCUGAGGGAGACCCUUCGGAUGGGCUCCAUGCUUCUCCAGGCCGCCGGCCACAUGCUCAUCACGUGUGCCUCCAUGAUGAAGCGAAUCAUUGAGGGCGCCGACCUGAUUCAGAACCAGCAUGAGCCUGUCACCUACAAAGCGCAGUGGAACUGAUGCCCCCACCUCUA